GCUAGAUUUGCUUAUAGCUUAUUAUCAAUUUUGCCAAACAAAAGCCCUCUUCAAAUACGUAUUUUAAGAGAAAGUUUUCGAAUAAAAUCCAUUUACUGAAUACAGAAUUAUUUCCAGGAAGAAUUUCAAUUGUCUUGGACAGUGCCUGGUCUGAACCUGCAAGCGAUAAAGAGGAAGAUCUAGAAGCUUCUAGAACAAACAUGGCAUUUAGCAUGGGACUCUACGCUAACCCAAUUUACAACGGCAACUGGCCCCAAGUCGUAAUCGACAGAGUGGGAAACAGGAGCCGAAACGAAGGAUUUCCCAAAUCCAGACUACCGGAAUUCACCCCACAGGAAAUUGAGUUUAUUAGAAAUACAUCAGAUUUCUUUGCUCUUAACACAUAUGGAACUGGUUACGUUAAAUUCCAAACAGGAGUGAACGACAGUAUCGGAGAACCCCAUUAUUGGCUGGACAUUGGAGUCAGCUCGUUCAAAGACCCAUCGUGGCCGUCAGUCGUGAAUUGGGUCGAUUUGGUACCGUGGGGUUUCAGGAAAUUGCUGAACUAUGUAUGGAACGAGUACGGAAAUAGGGAGAUUGUUGUUACCGAAAAUGGUUGGGCGGAUAUCGAGAGUAUUUUGGAUGAUACUGAGAGGAUUACGUAUAUUAGUCAAUAUUUGAGUGCCCUUCUAGAAGCAAUCUACGAAGAUGGUGUCAAUAUAUUUGGCUAUACUGUAUGGAGUCUUUUGGAUAAUUUCGAAUGGACUAAUGGAUAUACACAAAAGUUGGGUCUUGUCCAGGUUGAUUUCAAUGAUCCAGAAAGAACCAGGACACCUAAAAGUUCAUAUAAAUGGUAUCAAGGAGUGAUAGCCAGAAGGUGUUUGGUUGAAAAAUGUGUAGCAUAAUUAUAAUGUAGUAAAGGACGAAAAUAGUUUCUAGCUAGUGAAAUGUGUAAUGAUUUACUAAUAAGAAAUUGGGCAUCCUCGCAUUUUUCUUGAUUAUCGGGUUUGUGACGUCACACACCGAGUUCGCGUUUUCUCACCAGUUUAAAAAUUCGAUUUUAAUUUAAAAAAAUCAAAAAUAGACAUUUUUUUUUCGGAAAAAAGUUUACAAAUAUAGUAUUAGAAUGACUAAAAGAAUCAUUUAAAUAUGUUUUUGAAAAAUGUGAAAGUGGCCUGUUAUGUAUAUGUUCCACUUAUAGUGUAGCCACUGCUUAAUUUAGUAGUGUAGCCACUGCCUUAUUUGUAUUUGUCAUAUGUCAUUCAUACUUGUCAGGGACAGCAUUGUCAGAUCCCGCUCGAAUCAACAUGCUGUUGCUUUAAUAAAAAACUGAAAAAACUAAAUAAA